AUGCCUAGCAGAAUGGGCUCCAAAAUUCAUUUGAACAAAGACUUCAUCAGAGUAAAAACACACUAUAGCGGGGACAUCCUGAUAACAAACUUGGAUGCAUCAAUGAGCUAUGAUGAACUUUGUGAUGAAGUGCAUGAGAUGUGUAAUUUACAACAGGAACAGCCAAUUACCCUCAAGUGGAUUGAUGAUGAAGGUGACCCAUGUACCAUCUCAUCUCAGAUGGAACUGGAAGAAGCCUUCCGUUUGUAUUGUCAAAACAGAGACGAAGGGCUGAUUAUUCAUGUUUUCCCAAGUAUUCCAGAGAAACCCGGCAUGCCUUGUCCAGGAGAAGACAAAUCAAUCUACCGACGUGGAGCCAGAAGAUGGAGGAAGCUGUACCGAGUGAAUGGGCAUUUGUUUCAAGCCAAACGUUUUAACAGAAGAGCGUAUUGUGGCCAGUGCAGUGAAAGGAUAUGGGGUCUCGGAAGGCAAGGCUACAAGUGUAUCAACUGCAAAUUGUUGGUCCAUAAACGUUGUCAUAUACUUGUUCCACUGACCUGCAAAAGGCAUAUGGAUUCGGUCAUGCCUUCCCAGGAACCUCAGUUAGAUGAUAAAAAUGAUGAAGUUGACCUCCCUUCAGAAGAAACUGAUGGAAUUGCCUACAUUCCUUCAAACCGGAAACAUGACAACAUUAAAGAUGACUCUGAGGAUAUCAAACCAGUCAUUGAUGGAAUGGAUGGAAUUAAGAUUUCUCAGGGGCUUGGACUACAGGACUUUGAUUUAAUCAGAGUUAUUGGACGUGGAAGUUAUGCCAAAGUUCUUUUAGUUCGGUUAAAAAAGAAUGAUCAAAUUUAUGCUAUGAAAGUAGUGAAAAAAGAAUUGGUCCAUGAUGAUGAGGAUAUUGAUUGGGUACAGACAGAGAAACAUGUGUUUGAACAGGCAUCCAGUAACCCAUUCCUAGUUGGUUUACAUUCAUGCUUUCAAACAACAAGUCGAUUGUUUCUUGUCAUAGAGUAUGUAAAUGGGGGAGAUCUUAUGUUUCAUAUGCAACGGCAAAGAAAACUUCCUGAAGAACACGCAAGGUUUUAUGCUGCUGAAAUUUGUAUUGCUCUAAACUUCCUACAUGAAAGAGGCAUAAUCUAUAGAGAUUUAAAACUAGACAAUGUUCUUUUAGAUGCAGAGGGUCAUAUCAAAUUAACAGAUUAUGGCAUGUGCAAGGAAGGUUUGGGCCCUGGCGACACUACAAGCACUUUCUGUGGGACACCAAAUUAUAUUGCACCAGAGAUCCUCAGAGGAGAAGAAUAUGGGUUCAGUGUGGACUGGUGGGCUCUGGGUGUGUUGAUGUUUGAAAUGAUGGCAGGAAGGUCUCCGUUUGAUAUUAUUACUGACAAUCCAGACAUGAACACUGAAGAUUACCUCUUCCAAGUUAUUCUUGAGAAGCCAAUCCGGAUUCCAAGGUUUCUUUCUGUCAAGGCUUCCCAUGUGUUAAAAGGAUUUUUAAACAAGGAUCCCAAAGAAAGGCUUGGUUGUCAGCUGCAGACAGGAUUUUCUGAUAUCAAGUCUCAUACGUUUUUCCGCAGCAUAGACUGGGAUCUGCUGGAAAAGAAGCAAGCAACCCCUCCAUUUCAGCCUCAGAUCACAGAUGAUUAUGGUUUGGAUAACUUUGAUACACAGUUCACCAGCGAACCUGUGCAGCUAACCCCAGAUGAUGAAGAUAUAAUAAAGCGAAUAGAUCAGUCAGAAUUUGAAGGAUUUGAAUAUAUUAAUCCAUUGUUGCUGUCAACAGAAGAAACGGUAUGAAGGAGUGACAUCUUCGUUGUGGACAAUGUGAAUGACCUUUAAAUUUAUCCUUAACUACAGUAUAUGCAUGCGAGGCUGGGGAACUGUUAAGAUUUUGGAUGGAGACCAAUGAUUUAAAAAAAAAAAUUGCUGCUGAAAAUCAAAGAAGAGAAUAAUGAUUUUGGUGGGUGUCUUCUGCCACUUAGUGAUUCUUAAGUUCUGGGCACUGACACAACUGGCUUCAUUAAUGAAGGAAUUUGCAUUUUGUGCCUGUUUCAUGAAGGACUGAAACGUUCAUUGCAUCCCUGGAAAAGGAGAUUCUGAACGACUUUGAGAUCUACACACUUUCUACAAACAUUUGAUGCAAUGAGCUACCAAUUGAAGAAUAUUACAGUGUAACAUCCUGAAGAAUAAAAUAUAUUACGGUGGUGUUGAAGCUUA